GGUGUAAAUAGUUUUUUCUUUUCUCAGUAGCACCAUGGAUGCACGCUUUACUCGUGGGAAGUCAGCUAUCCUUGAGCGGUCACUCACCCGUCCAAAGACCGAUGUCAGUCUCAGUGCUUUUUCAUUGCUCUUCUCUGAAAUUGUGCAGUACUGCCAGAACCGUGUUUACUCUGUCUCAGAGCUUCAGAACAAGCUUUCUGAACUUGGACAACAGGUGGGAGCCCGCAUUCUGGAUGUUCUGGUGAUGCGGGAGAAAAAUGGCAAGCGAGAAACUAAAGUCAUCAACAUCCUGCUCUUCAUUAAGGUGACUGUGUGGAAGGCUCUCUUUGGGAAGGAGGCUGAUAAGCUGGAGCAAGCCAAUGACGAUGACAAGACCUACUACAUCAUUGAAAAGGAGCCUCUCAUCAACACGUACAUCUCGGUGCCCAAGGAGAACAGCACUCUCAACUGUGCCUCUUUCACAGCGGGAAUUGUGGAGGCCAUGCUCACCUGCAGUGGUUUCCCUGCUAAGGUCACAGCCCACUGGCAUAAGGGCACCACCCUCAUGAUCAAGUUUGAUGAGUCAGUUAUAGCACGUGACAAAGCUCUGGAUGGCCGCUGAGUACAAGUUGUCUGAACUGAUCUGAAUUGCUUUUGUGUAACACGUACUCCGAUAGGAUUUUGAACUUACUGCCCUGACCAUGAUGGGCUGCUUGUAGUGCAGAAAACCAGUUCACUUCAUGUUGUUAUGUCCAUACAUUAGCUCUGACAUUGAAUAUUUCUCCAGUGUUGGUACUUAUCACCCAGGACCAUUUCAGUUUCCAGAGAUCGUCCCUGAUUGCAUUGUUAAGCUUUUCAAGGCUGGAAGCUGGGCAGGCAAGGGAGGUUAUAUUUUUCCCUAUCACAGCCAGUGAGCAGAGCUAAGCUUAGGUGACAUACAUAGAAUUGGAUUUAAGGAAUCUUCCGUUCCUGUUGUUCUGUAUUUCUUUGUUGCUGCUCUUCUGAAGUUGCACCGAGAGAAUAGUUCUAAAGCAUGAAUGUGGAUGCUCUGUUUGCAUUUAGAAUGAGCCAAGAAGUUCUCACGUUCAUGUUUUUACUGCUGCAGAGUUAGUGUCUAUGAGUUAGUGAUAAGUGUUGUGGUUUUCUUGCAUUCUUGCCUGCAGAAAUAAGUUGGAACUGUUUUUGCAAAGCCAUUUUAUUCUGUCAGCUCUUGAUCAUUGUGUUCUGGCAGCCUUUAGUGUUGCUCCGAAGUUAUAAAGACAGCAGAGCUCAACUAGAUCUCUCUGAAGUCAGGCUUAGAGGGGGCUAAGCAAAGAAUGUUUGAGAGUUGUUCCUCCAAGGAUAUUCCAGAUUAAGUUGCAACAUAGCAGCAGAUAUCAGUCUUUGGAUUCCUGUGGACUGGGUAGGUCCUUUUGUUAUGUUGUUGUUAAAGCAAAAAGAAUACCAAGGACCUAUGGUUGAAAGAAAUUCGCUUGUUGGGCUGCUUUUUAAAAAUAAUUUAAAAUUGUUCCAUUAAAUACAGUUAAGAUACUAAAGGUUCUGAAUGAUCUGUUCUUGUUGCCCUCCUCCCAGUUAAUAAACUGUUGAAUAGCCA